CUUCCUCGACUCAAUUAAGGUUUGUGGUAAUCGGUGUAACCUACCGUUCGCCAUCACGCAUCCACAAAAAUACACAAAAUUGGAAAUUGAGAUUAGAAUUGGUCAUUAACUUGCUCUCACUGUUCUAGUGAAUGCCCAUACUCUUUUUUCUAAAAGAUGAACGUGGACGAGGAGUUUUGCCGUGUUUGCCGGUGUGAAGGGACGCCAGAGUCACCUCUAUAUCAUCCUUGCAAAUGCAGUGGCAGUAUUCGUUAUGUUCAUCAGGAAUGUCUGGUUGAAUGGCUGAAACACAGUCGCAAGAAAUACUGUGAACUCUGUUACACACCGUUUAGUUUUACAAAAGUAUACGCAGAUUCUAUGCCACGCACCCUGCCCUUCAAAGUUUUGUGCAUUCAAAUGUGGAAGAGCUUCUUGAGCUUCGCACAAAUCUUGUUUAGAGGUCUUGUUGCUUGGUUCUUCUAUGGCUUUGCCUUAGAAUACUGUUCGCGAUUUGCGUUCGUACUUUCCUUGCAAAUUGGUGACUAUUUGGCUCAUAACAAGCCAUCUACUAUGCCACGGAUGACUGAACCCUUGUUCCCAGUGUUGCCAGACUUUGUUUAUAAGGUUGUACCCUUCCCUGGUCUGAUGACCCGUGUUGUGGAUGGAUUCUUCAUUGCUUUAUUUACAGUGUCUGUGUUUGUAACCUUUGCAUUAAUUCGGGAAUGGGUCCUGCAAAACGCUAUUCAGGUUGCUGAUGAGAUGCAAGACCAACGGGCUGAAAUGCAGGAUCAACAGGCGCCCGGAGCUCCGAAUGCAGCUGAUAUCCGGAAUGCUCGAGCACAUGUCGCAUUCAUUAUUGAGCAGAUGCAAAAUGAGCAGCGUCGUUUGCAGGAGCGUCGGCAACAGAAUAAUCAAAUUGCCCAACAACCUGACAACAUUCCCCAAAAUGCCGGAGAUGCAAACGGACUCUUGGGAGAACUCGUCCAUGCGAUAGCUCAGGAAGCGCGCGAUCAGGAACAGCAAGAUGGCGCUCAUGAUGCUGUUCACCCAGAGGAACCCCAGGCACAACAUUUAGACCCGGAAGUGGAAGAGGAAAAUGUUCAUCAGCCUGCUCGCGAGGAAAGACCAAUUGAUGACGUUUUUCACCUUGGCGGAGAGGAAAAUACAGAUUUGCCUAGACGUGACGUCCACCUUGAUUCUGCUGAGGAGCGUAACCAUGAGGCCGUAGCCAACCACGAUGUCGAGACCACUUCUUCCGACGAUUCUGGCUUGGACGAUCAACAGCAAGAAAACCGUAAUGAGCCUGCCUCGGAUACUGAUGAGCAGGAGGCUGUUGUUCGUAAUGCUGUCGACCGAGCUGCUCAGGAAGAUGCUGCCAUUGAGGCCGUUAGAGCCCAACAAGUUGCCGAGGCGGAAGAAGGAGAGGAUGAUUUUCUUGAAUUACUUGGAUUGCGUGGCCCUAUCGGUGUUAUUAUCAAAAACAGCUUGUCGGCUAUUAUCGCUAUGCAAUUAUUGCUACAGUUAUUUAUUGAUUUCCCCUAUAUCUGGGGUCGUAUUGUGAUAGAGACUACUUUCUAUGUUUUACGGAGUCCUGCUUCACUUAUAACUGGUUCUUUUGCCAUAGUUAGCAGACUGGUUUCUUUCUUUGGUUCAAGCAUAUACAACCUUAUUUACCUUGUAUCUCGUGUUCCAGGUGUGUCUGCCGUAUUUAAAAAGAUCGGAAUUUAUGACUUUUUCUCGACAUCUUUCUCUGAGGUGGUGAAUCAGUUGAAGUCCAAGUUGACAAGCUACAUUGUGAUUCCAGGAAGCCAAUUGAGUGUAAUGACGUCUUUCUUUAGAACAGAGAAUCUCGAGUGGGCUUUAAAAAAGCUGAAGAUGCUUCCUGUGUAUCGUGUGGCACAUAUGUUCUUGAACGUUUGCAUUGAUUUCUCCAAAAACUACUCCGUCAGGCCGAUAGACCGACUUGUCUCCAUCGGUUUUGGAUACUUGAUGUUCUUUGGAAUUGGAAUGUGGUAUUUGAAGAGAAAGAAAUUUAUCGGCAGCCAUCCUCAAGUCCAGAAUUUCGAACUUGCAUUGCGAGAGAUUUUGCAACAGUGUGUUUCUGUUGCCAAAUUUAUUAUUAUUUUCGCUAUCGAGUUAGUCGUUUUCCCUUUCUUCUGUGGAAUACUUAUCUGCUUCUGUCUUCAGGGCGUAUUUCCCAAUUGGGAUUUGAACUUCCUACACAGUUCAAUGGUUUCAUUUCCAUAUCGUACUGGCUUUAUUACAUGGUUCCUUGGCAUCACCUACAUGUUUGAGUUCGCUUUGUUCGUUUCAAACAUUCGUAAGGUUGUUCGGCCCGGUGUGCUCUUCUUUCUGCGUGAUCCCAACGAUCCUAAUUUCCAUCCUUUACGUGAGACACUCGAAAAACCACUUCUGCUUCAACUGAAAAAGAUUGGUUUUAGUGCAAUUUUGUACUUUGCUUUUAUUAUUGGAUGCGUAGGAAGUGUCGUUUAUGUCAUACGCCUUACGGGUUUAGUCUUUCCUCUUACAUACCACAGAGGAGAAUUUAUUUUCAUAGCGCCUCUCGACUUGCUGGCUAUUCAUGCCUUAAUUUAUACUAUCGGCAAGCGCAUUGGUCCUUUGAAAAUUGUUGAAAGCGUUUGGACUUUCAUUCUUUCUGCACUCUGUCGUUGCCUGCGCAUCUCUUCUUAUGUCAUGGGAAAACGUUAUGUUGCAGAAGAAGGUCAUUUUAAAAACAAACUGUUCCCAAUGCUUGCUCGCUUACGUUUCAAAUCCAUUGUUGGCGAGGAUGUUGUUGAGGAGGAAAAACUCGAUUUGUCGCCUGAAAAUUUUGAGCGUGAUGGCUGCUUCGUUCGCUGUCCAUCCUUCGAUGCCGUUCCGGUAAAGAAAAACGCUAUGCUCAUAUUUGUUACGGAAGACGGUCAUGAACUACAAGGCGAAAAGAAGAAGCUGGAGGAAUCCAACGAAUUUAUGCUUGCCUACGCACCGCCGAAGUUUUAUGCUCGGUUAUGGGGGCUCUUGUUGUGUUCUUGGCUUAUUGCUGCCAUUGCGAACAUCUUCAUUGUAAUUGUUCCAAUGCUCGUUGGCCGCCGGCUGUAUGCCUACAUGUUGCCCAAGGCUGUGGAUAAUGACAUUUAUGCUUACACUAUUGGCAUAGUGUCCCUGGGAUUUAUCGCUUACACGAUUUAUCUUCUCCGGACGUAUCGGGAAAAGUUUACCUUGCAUUCUGUGACAAGUUUCAUUCGUCAAUAUGGCUUAGUCCAAUUGGUGAAAACUACCGCUUGGGCUUGCUACAUGGUUUCCGUUUCACUGUUUGUUGUCCCGCUGUUGGUAGCUGUUGCGCUUGAUUUGUAUUUCGUUAUCCCCAUCCGGACCUUAAUUGUGUGUUUCGAGAGCAACUCGGCCCUGAAAAUCAAUAAUCUUACGGUAGACCUCAACAUGGACUAUUAUGUGGCCUUGUGUGUUCUCUUCUCAUUCGGCUUCAUUCGGUUCUCUCUCGAGCAAGGUUUAAACAACCUUAAUGAUGCCUUGAGCCAACUUUGGAGACGUGGUGGUCUUGGUCUUAAGACCAUCGCUUUUUUGUUUGCUUUCAUUGUGUUCCCUUUUGCCUUUGGCGUGGCCACACUUCCACUCGUUGAUAAUGUUUUCCAAAUGAUCAGCAAACAUAUUCCGAUACCUGAAUUCGUUACCUUCUCAUACCAGACGUUAUAUUGCCGGGCUUGCUAUCCCCUACUCUUCAACGCUAUAUUAUUUUCCUUCUUGUUUACUAGGGCUAAGCGUUUGUUUUCCAGUUGGACCGUAGAAGUUCGUGAUGAUCUUUACAUGGUAGGAACGAAACUUCAUAAUUACGAUGAUGCUGGUGCAAGUCGUGCCGAGCAAUAGGCUCUCUAUUGUUUUGGUAGCAUAUGGAAAAAAAUGUCGAAAGUGUUCAUUAUUAAUGUUAUAUGAAGAAGGUUUAACGGACCAUUAUUUUAUAUAGAAAGCUGUGUUACUCCAUAGUAUAGCAAUGAAGUAUCAGAGCGCCGUUUCUUUUGGUUUGUCUUUAAACUUUGAGUUGCGUAUAACAAUUAAGUCUGUGUCUUGGGAUUACAUUUUUUUUACACUUAAUAAUUCUACCAAAUCACCGACCAAACAGAAGAUUUGUAAUAAUUAUAAUAUUGUUUGUUGAUAGAGGAGUGAGGCUUUAACUCCGGUAGACUUGUUCACUUUUUGAUUCU